UAGUGAUAGUCUUGAUAAGUUUGCAGAAAUUCAUGUGUGAGUAAAUAUACAUACAGAGAAAAUUCGCGCAGUGCUUGAAUUUAUCCGUCAAAAUUUCGCGUAUCCGUGCGGACCUAUCUGGAUCGAUCACAAAGUGUUCAAUAAAUAUUUUUUUGAAAAUCGACUUUAAUGCUUGACAAAUUUGGAAGUUUUCAUCUGGUGGAAGUAUCACUUGUUAACUCGUAAUUUCGUAAAUUUUCAAAAAAAAACAAGUGAAUUUAUUAUUGGAAACAAAGUUCCAGUUAGUUCGUUGGAUUUAAUUUGUGCAUAAUCUUGAAUUAAUUAAUUAUUUUGUUGUGGAGAUCCACAAGUUCAAGUUGAGUGGAGUGAAUUUCGCAGUAUACAAGUUUUUUGCGAAGUUGUGUCCCAUGUAGUUAAUAUUUGCAAUAACUUGUGCAAAUUCUUGCCUUUAAUAAUUUCGCUGCGAUACGAUUAUUAACAAAUUUAUCGUAAAUUUGAGUUCCUGUUGGGUCGUUUGAUUUAUUAAUUUUGUGCGAAUUCGUGUCUUUAAUAAUUGUUCGUUGUGAUAUAAUUAUUCGCAAAUUUUUACGCGGUCAUGGCGUCGGGGGGACAAUCUAACCUGGAAGUUGGGUUGCAAGUUCCUCUCCCAACUUUGCCAAGGAAGAAGAAAUCUUCGGUGUACGUUUAUACGAGAUUUCCGGAAAUAAACGAUAACGAAGAAGGUGACGAUGACGAUGGUGACGAAGAAGAAAUUGAAUACGCUGACCUCAAGGGAAGACCGGUCCACAGGAGGACGCAGUUAUUGGGGGCACUCGCAGCAAACAUGGGAGCUCUCGCGUUAGGGACGGUCCUGAGUUGGCCGGCAGUUGCACUCCCAAAUCUUCGAGUGGAUCCGGAUUUUACAGGAAAUCUAACAACCAGUCAGGAAUCAUGGAUUGGGUCGAUAGUUUCAUUGGGAGCAGUAGCGGCAGGUCCGGUGGGUGGGGUCGGAAUUGAGCUGUUUGGUCGAAGAAAAGCCAUGCUGGUCUGCUCUGUACCAUUUUUCAUGGGGUGGAUGUUAAUUCAUUUCGCAUCUUCAGUUUCGCACAUCCUCGUUGGAAGGUUUGUUACAGGCUUCUUUGCUGGGACUUUUGCCGUAGCGGCGCCGAUAUUCACGGGAGAAGUGACCGAUGCCGGGAUUCGUGGCGCUGUGGGGUCCACCUUCGAUAUGAUGAUCAGUCUUGGGAUUCUUUUCAUCUAUGUUGUGGGAACGUUUGUAUCGUGGCGGGUGCAAGCGUUGAUCUGUUCUGUCGUUCCGGUUGUGAUUUUUCUGUUAAUGCUGGUCGUACCGGAGUCGCCGGUGUAUUUGGUGAAAAAAGGAAGGAUGUCGGAGGGUGCAGAGGCCCUGAUGCGAUACCGCGGCGCCACCAGGAUUCAGCAAAUUCAAACCGAAUUUGAAGAGAUGGCGAACGAGGCCUGUGUCCAGGAGGGUUCGUGGGUGGGAGGAUUUUCGACGGUGCGGCGAAGAAUGUGCGAACCCUGGAUUUUACUUCCGGUCGGGAUCGGAUUUUGCAUUUUUGCCUUCCAAGUCAUUUCCGGUCUGGAUCCGGUGCUCGUCUACACGGUCGACAUCUUCCACAUGGCUGGCGCUCAGUUGGACGAAUACACAUCGACAAUUAUCAUCGGAACGAUGCAAACGUUGGCGGGCGUGGUCGCGGCCUCGUUGGUGGAGCGGUGUGGUCGUCGCGUGCUGCUUUUGGUGUCGGAGGGCGCGAUGGUGGUGGCGCUGGGAAUGCUUGGCGUCUACUUUUACUUGAAGGAGGCGAACGGCGGCGUCAUGCCGGUCGGGUUGGGCUGGCUUCCCGUCACCUCGUUAGCCGUGUACGUGCUCUCCUAUUCGGUCGGAAUGGGACCGGUUGGGUACACCUUGAUGGGCGAAAUAUUACCUCUGCAGGUCAAAGGUCUCGCCGGUUGUAUUUUAACCUCCGCCAAAUGGUUCAUGUCGUUCCUGGUGACCAAGUUUUUUCAAGAUUUGCUCUUCGCGCUCGGAAGCGCGGGUUGUUUUUGGUUAUUCGGCGCCUUUUGCGCGGCCGGAUUUAUUUUCGUGGCAGCCUUCGUACCGGAAACGAAGGGGCGAAGUUUGGACGAGAUUCAGCAAGAAUUUAGACUGCGAUUUAGCGCACCGACAAAUUCCCCGGAUGAAAGUGAACCCUUACUGUUACCAGUGGGUAUUAGCGGGAGAUACCCGGGUAGUAGUAGCCGUACCGUGAUGGAUACUAUAUCAGAAUCUUCGCAGAAACUUCGCGAAAAAUAUGCCGCUAUCGUAUGACCGUUAUUAAGUUCCUAAUUAAUUAAUUAGAAUAGUUAGUAAAAUAUUUAUAUGAUUAAAUAAAAAUUAUUUGAUUAAUUUCGUUCCUAGUUAAAUUAGUUAGUUAAAAUAGAUAAAUAACCAGAAAUUGUUUGAUUAAUUACGAAAAAUAUGUAAAUAUUUGAUAAAUCGUAUGAACUAAGAGAUUUGCGAAUAAAGACAUUGCAAUUUUUUGCAGUUGUUGCUUUUCAUGUAAAA